AAACCACAAAACACGCAACAAAGAGAGAUGUGCAGAAGUUUAAGAGACAUGCGAACGAUUCAUGUAGUGAAUGUACGAAGAAAAAUAUGGGUAUAACUGAUGAGUUUAAGUGGGUUAAGUUUUUUCUGGAUCACCACAAUCCAUUUGAUUUUCACAUGCCAAGAUGGGUGUCGGUGAAUCCUAUUAUACUUGUGGUAACCCGUGGUAUAUUUGCUGUGUAUUGUAUCGUGCUAAUGGUUAUGAGCAUCGUUGUUGGAGCAAGUGAAGAACCUUCCGAGGGCAAGUCACCAAAAUGGUUAAUCUUUGCCACAAGUUGGAAUUACAUGUUUGUGACGUUGUACUUCAUGCUAGCAUUUGGUAUAAGUCUCACGCAAUCUGUCUUAGAUUGUCGUGGAGGGUCAACACAGAAAUCACCUGAGACUAUACCGAUAAACGCAGCAGAAUCUGGUCCGAGUUAUUCCACAACCACUCAUGAUGAUGGAGCUCAGACUGAUAAAAAGAAAACAGAUUUGAAAAUAAAACUACCGUGGAAGUUGAAGAUCUUUUGGGUAGUUUUCAACGUGGCUAUUAACUUGAGCACACUUGUUGUAAUUGCAUAUUGGGGAUUGGUCCAUGAUUAUCGAAAGAAAUUAGAAUUCAAAUUAGUCACAUACCUACUUGUUGAUCGCCAAGGUAUCAACUUCGCAUUAAUGGUUGUUGAUUUUCUUCUGCACAAGAUUCCAUUUCGCAUUUUACAUUUUAUAUAUCCCCUUGCUAUAACUGUUUUAUAUGUUAUAUUCAACGUUAUUUACUGGAAAAUCUCGGGCCACAGUGUGUAUAAAUUGGAUUGGAGUGGUCGCACUGGUGUCAGUAUAGGGGUAGUGAUUGGUAUCCUCCUUAUAAUCAUGGUUGUACAAAUAGUUUGGUAUUUCCUUCACAAAGGGAAGAAGCAUAUAGCGGAAAAGAAGUCGGGAAAAUUGUUAGAGGUAGACGCGGGUGACGAAUAAUGUAUUCUUCUAUGCAAUACAAACAAACUUUAUAUAAUCCUCUUGAUAGCUGUUUUGAACGCUUGUAUUUAACACAUUCAACAAAAGAAAAAUCAGUUCCAAUUGGUGUGAA